AAGUCACUGUUCAGCUCUUAGCGCCAAAAUCCGCCCAACCGCCGCCGCACUGGGGCCACGAGAGUGCUGAAUCUGGAGAUUCCGGAAAGCCGCAGCGGCGAUUCUUGACCCAGAGCGAAUGCGACGGAUUAUUGAUUUCCUGUGACGUCAUAAGCCUUGCACAAGAGCGCGAGUGAGCGUGCGCAAAGCUAAGGAAGGCGGAGAGCAACCCUUAAGUGAGCUCGUGCUCGCUGCGACCUGCGCGUGUCAUCUCCUCUGCCCAGCGCGAUGCCCAACUUCCGUCCGAAGCGCAAGAGCGAGAUGUGGAUGUCACACAACAGAGUGCUGAUCGGCGGCAACAAGAAGAGUCACGCCAGGAAUCCCAACUUCGAGACGGAGGAGACGAAGCUACUGAUCUCUCUGUGGGGCGACCCGAAAGUGCAGAAGACGCUCAUCACAACCCACAAGAAACAUCCCGUGAUUGCCAAACUGGCCGAGAGUAUGCGCACGUACGGCUACUACCGCUCUCCCACGGAGAUCAACACGCGCCUGAAGAACCUCAAGUGCUUCUACAACCGCAUCAAGAAGGACAUGGAGAUGGGCGUGAUCAAUCAGCCCACGUGGAAGCACUACGACGCCAUGGACGAGAUCCUGAACAGGCCCAUCUUCGGCAGCCGCCUCACGAUGCAGCAGCAGCAGCGCCAGCACCAGAUCCUGCACGAGGAGGCGACGAAGAACCUGCGCAGCGAGGAUGUGCCGCACGUGGAGCAAGAGGAGCUCAUCGUGCCCAAGGAGGAGCCGCUAGACAUCGACGAUUCGGACGUGAACGAGCUGGAUUUGGAAGACAGCGCUGACAGCUUUCCCAGCCAGUUGGCGGCUUAUCUGCGAGUGCAGCCCAAGAAUAGCAACGCACACACGUCCGACAGCCAGGAUUCGGGAUCCGGAGAGCCCCUGAUCGCGCCGGAGGACAUCAAGAAGUCUCCUCCGCCGUCUCCGCCGCCCAAGCAAGUGUCAACGAGCGCCGGUCCGAGGAUAAUCGCACCAAAACCCGCCAGCACGCCCACCAGCAAGAUCUCCCUGGUGCCCACGAACAUCCUGCUGAAGCCACAGGCGCAGAAGGUCGCCCUGAAGCCCGCGCACACGAUCUACAUGAAGAAUCCCACCACGGGCGCGGUGUCAGCGAUCCCCUCAGUGGCCAGCUCCACGUCCGGGAUGCCCAUGAAGGUGUUGCUGGUCAACACGAUGCCCAAGUCCACGGUAUCGACGCCCACAAUCAUAUCAAAGGCCACGCCGACGAUCUGCCACACACCCGCGAUGACCGCCAGCCAGGAGUGUCGCCCGGCGCCCAUCAACUACCGCCGGAUGUCAGCCACCAGGCCGCCCAAGCCCUCCACAAUCGGCUUCCGGACGCUCCUCAGUCAGGUAAUCCAGCAGCAGACGCUGAGCCUUGAAGUGGCCAGAGAGCGUCUGGCGGUGGAGAAGGAGCGCCUAGCCUUCGAGAGGGCCACAGGGGAGAAACUCCUGGAAGUCCUGCCCCUGCUACAGAGCAUGGCAGACCACUUGACCGGACGCAGGACUUCGCAGAGGCUGAGGAAGCCAGCAAACUCCAUCUCUCACGACAGUGACGAGUAA